AUGUCCUACGACAGCAAGAGCUCCUCCGCAGCCGCGGACGCCGAAGUGGGCGGCUGGUCGACCCGCAAGCUCGGCGGCCGCUACGCCAGGCCCUACUCGCCUUCUGCCGGCGGAGGCGCAGGCGCCGCCGACGAGACGACGAGGGCGGCGUCGCCCGCCGGCUCGGCCAGCUCCGGCUACGUCUCCUACCGCAGCUCCAUCGGCAACGGCGUCCGCUCCUACUCGCCGUUCCGCCCGCUGUCGCCGGCACCACCGGCCUCCGCCCCCAACGAGGACGACUCCGGGGGCGGCUCCGAGAGUUCCAGCUCCAGCGGAAAGCCUUCGUCCAACCCCGCGAGAGGCGGCGGCUCCGGCGGUGGCCGCUACGAGUCGCAGCUGACUUCGCAGUACGGACGCAUCCGCCCCCUGGCGGCGCCAGUGAUAACGCCUCCGGCGAUGCCGCUGCCUUCCGUGGUUACUUCGAGGCAGGGCUCCUCUUCCCUGCCUCCGCUUCCCACCGGCAGAAACGGGUCGGACACCGGCAGGUACUCUAGCCUGCCGCGGGGCAGUUCUCCCGCGGCGAACCAGCCCCUGUACCGCAGCCUCUACACCGGUCGCGGCGGCCUCUCCAGCUACCGUUCCGAGAGUGAGCCCGUCACGCCCAACGUGGUGAACGUGGGUGCCUCCAGGAUCGGGCCGUCGUCGUCCGCCGCGCCGUCAGACGACGAGUCGUCGGGUUCGCAGCGGGGCGGCUACAAGAGCGCUCGGGCCCAACCGGCGAGAGCGGAGGACUCGCCGAAGAGGGUGUACACCACCAGCUACGUGAGACAGAACGCCCGUUCGCCCUCCGCCCACGACCCGGACGAGAGGCGGAAGAAUCGCGACGGUGAAGGAGAGGACGAAGAAGUGGAGCCUCCGCCCGCAAACAAGGUGCAGGCCAUCAGCGCCAUGGUGCGCUUGAACGCGCGCGUGCCCUCGGCCAAGUCGAGCUACAGCGGCGACGACGGCGACGAGAUUCUCGUCGACGGCGUUCCCGUCAGGGUGAGGGAGAGUCGGAGCAGACACAGGCAAAGCUACGACGACGAGGUCUUCUUCCAGGAGGACGGCGGCGGUCGCGGCGCGGCGCCGGCCGGACGGGAGCUGAAGCGCGUCUACCAGAACGAGAUCGUGGACGGCGCCGACUCGGAGGUGCCGGACUUCCCGCCGCCCCCGCCGCCGGACGGUGGUGGCGGCGUCGGCGACGUACCCCUCCGGAUACUGGGGAGGCGGCCGGACCGCCAAGAACCAGCGCGCCGACGACGUACUGCACCCGGCGCCCGUGGGCGACGCGGCCGCGCCCUACAGCAGGCUCAGCUCCGCCUCUUCGGGACCCAAGAGCCCCUGGUCACCGAGCGCGGCCCCUCCCAUCGCCUCGCCGGAAGAGUACGACGACGAGUACCGCGACUACGGCAAGAUCAGGACGGUGGCGCGCGGCGCCGUGCUGCCGCCGGACGUGCCGCCUCCGCCGCCGCCCUCGUCGCCGCCCCCGGAGCUGGAGAACGCGAGCAGCAGCAGCAGCAGCGGCGGCAGCAGCCGCAGGGGCAGCACCAGCUCCGGAAGUGA